UACGUACAAGAACAUAAAUUUGUCAUACGUCAAAACACUAAGUACGUAGAUAGCCAGACUCCGCAGAUUUUUGUGAAGGAGGAAAACAGAAGGUGAGACCACCAUUUGAAGAACCACCAGAAAUCCUAAUGGUACAGCAGGAACAUUAGCAGAUAUUACAACUACUUCCUGAGGAUGGCUAGCUGUGGCGAGGUUGACCACUCUGUGAGCUCGCUCCCAUCCAGUAAGAAAGGGAGUGGUGACUCUGCCUGUUCCGGUUCCAGUGGCUCAUCACCUGUGCUUCCCGUGCCAGAGUGUGCCAUCUGCCUCCAGACCUGUGUCCACCCCGUCCAGCUGCCCUGUCGCCACGUCUUCUGUUUCCUGUGCGUGAAGGGGGCGUCCUGGCAGAGCAAACGCUGUGCUCUGUGUAGACAGGAGGUACCAGAGGACUUCCUGGAGCACCCCACCCUGCUGUCCCCCGAGGAGCUGAAGGCCGGAGGGCGGGGAGCCACGGGGGACCAUGCCUGGUACUAUGAGGGGAGGAAUGGCUGGUGGCAGUACGACGAGCGGACCAGCCGUGAGCUGGAGGACGCCUUCUCCAAGGGCAAAAAAACAGCGGAGAUGCUGAUCGCUGGGUUUCUGUACGUCGCUGACCUGGAGAACAUGGUGCAGUACCGGCGCAAUGAGCAUGGCCGCCGCCGCAAAAUCAAACGGGACGUUGUGGACAUCCCCAAGAAGGGGGUGGCUGGCCUUCGUCUGGACGCUGAGGGCGGGGCCCAAGGAGCGGGCGGGGCGGGUAGAGAGAACCCUGCAGACGGGGCAGAUACGUUAGCAGCUUUAGGGCGCCAGGCGACCGCAGCGCUUGCUACCUCUACAGGCCUCCCGACUCCUGCCAGACCUCCAACCUCCCUGGGGGGCCUGCUCAGCAGCCUCAGCAGCCCCUCUCUGGAGGGUGCCCUGGCCCAGCUUCACAUUAACCCCACAGACAACCCAGAGAGGGCUGAGGUCGGGGAGGGGGAGGAGGGAGAGGAGGAGGCUACUGCCACGCCGUCUAGGUCUUCUGGUCCUAACACCUCUGUUUCUGGUGACUGGAGCGACGAGGAAGAGGAGGAGGAGGGAGAUGGGGAAGCAGUGGAGCCCCGGGAGCAGAGACUGCGUUUGGUGGAGAGCCUGGAGGACAUGUCCCCGCCUGGGGCUGAGGCAUCCAGCAGCAGUGUGAGGUCGAGAAGGCCUGACGGCCAGUGUACAGUGACUGAAGUGUAAGAUCAAUUCAUAAUGGACCUCUGCACUGGAGCUAAUAUUUUCAGCUAACGUAACACUCCAAAAUAUUUUCAUGAAUAGCAAAAUACAAGGCAAGGGGGCGCUACCAUAUUUCAAACAAAAUCACCUCUGAUGACUAGUUCUAGUCCAAAUUUACUGGUGAUCCAUGGGCACGGUCUGUCUUCAUACAAUUUGUUAAUUGAGAACGGAAUUACUGUUGUUUUGUGUAAGUUGUUUUCGUGCCUCCAGACUGUGUGCGACGCAGCCGUGAUGAACAAUUAAGACUUGCUAUUUUCAGAGGCCUUUAACUGAAUCAGGUAGCACCUAUUAUCAACUAAUCCACAGUUUUGAUCCGAUCAGCGGUUCAGUGUUUUCCUCUUUCUGAAGUUAUAGGUGGAGCUCCAGCCAGCUUCAACAUGAUACACCAUGCUCCAUGCCCUCUUGUUGGCUGAUCGUAGGUCAAGUCAGUCGACUGAAGUAUUCCUUAUUUGUGUGUUUUAAAAGCAAAGCAUGGUUUUUGUGUUCAGUUCCUGACCAUUCAUCUAUGCUAGUCUGUUUCAUAAAAGUGCAUGUGUGAAGGGUUUGUUUCUCCAACAUUACUGGUGAAGAGGACUGAUUAGUGUUUUAGAUUAUUAUUUUUU